AUGACAACUUUUCAAAAGCUUAAUGAUCUUAUUUUUCAUAUACUCUUGAUAUCUUUGCUUACACUGAAAACCACUGCAUCACCAAGAACAGAAGCAGAAACCCUUGUCAAAUGGAAAAACACUCUAUCUCCUCCUCUUUCUCCCUCUCUAAACUCAUGGUCCCUAACCAACCUUGGCAACCUUUGCAAGUGGGAUGCCAUUGUUUGUGACAACACUAACACUACUGUCUCAGAGAUAAACUUCUCUGGUGCCAAUCUCAAUGGGACACUCACAAGUUUGGAUUUUGCUUCCCUCCCCAGCCUCACACGCCUCAACCUCAAUGGCAACAGUUUUGGUGGGUCAAUACCACCAUCUAUUGGCAACCUUUCCAAGCUCAUUUUCUUGGACUUUGGUAACAACCUUUUUGAAGACUCACUGCCUUAUGAGUUAGGCCAGCUAAGGGAACUUCAAUAUCUUAAUUUUUACAACAACAGCCUCAAAGGUAUUAUUCCGUAUCAGCUCAUGAAUCUCCCUAAGUUAUGGUACCUUGACCUUGGAUCAAACUACUUUACAACUCCUCAUGACUGGUCCCAAUAUUCAUGCAUGCCUUCCUUAACUCACCUUGCUUUGCAUAUCAAUAGUUUUACUGCUGAAUUCCCAAGUUUCAUACUGAAGUGUAAGAACAUGACAUACCUUGACCUCUCUCAGAAUAACUGGGGUGGCACAAUACCAGAAUCCAUGUAUAGCAACUUAGUCAAGCUUGAAUACCUUAACCUCACCAACUGUUGGCUAGAAGGAAAACUUUCAUCCAACUUGUCUAUGCUCUCUAAUCUCAAAGAACUUCGUAUGGGUAAUAACAUGUUUUAUGGUUCUAUUCCUACAGAGAUAGGAUUGAUAUCUAGGCUUCAAAUUCUUGAGUUGAAUAACAUUUCAGCCCAUGGGAAAAUUCCUUCUUCCUUAGGCCAACUUAAGGAGCUUCAGAGUCUUGAUCUUAGAAAUAAUUUUUUGAACUCUACAAUUCCUUCUGAGCUUGGCCUAUGCACAAAUCUUACCUUCCUGAGUUUAGCAGUGAAUAAUCUGACUGGUCCUUUGCCUUUGUCAUUAUCUAAUCUGACCAAAAUAUCACAACUAGGAUUAUCUGAAAAUUUACUUUCUGGUCAAAUAUCACCUUCAUUGAUCUCUUAUUGGGCUGAGUUGAUCUCUUUGCAAGUCCAAAACAAUAAAUUUAAAGGAAAGGUUCCUCCACAGAUUGGCCUAUUGAAAAAAAUUAAUCGCAUCUAUAUGUACAAGAACAUGUUCUCUGGUCCCAUUCCUGUAGAGAUUGGAAACCUGAAAGAAAUGAUAGAGUUAGACCUUUCAGGAAACUACUUUUCCGGUCCAAUUCCAUCAACAAUUUGGAAUCUGACAAACAUUACAGUCAUAAAUCUUUUCUUCAACAAUCUCUCUGGAACCAUUCCAGUUGAUAUUGGAAACUUAACCUCACUGCAAACCUUUGAUGUCAACACCAAUAGCUUGCAUGGAGAGUUGCCAGAAACCAUUUCUCAACUAACUGCUUUAAUUCACUUUUCUGUGUUCACCAAUAACUUCUCUGGCAGCAUUCCAAGCGAAUUUGGAAAGAAUAAUCCUUCUUUGACUACUGUAUAUCUUUCAAACAACAGCUUCUCAGGAGAACUGCCUCGUGACUUGUGCAGUCAUGGCAAGUUAGCAGCUUUGGCAGUCAAUAACAACAGCUUUUCAGGGCCACUGCCAAAGUCGUUGAGAAAUUGUUCAUCACUCAGUAGAGUUAGGCUUGAUGAUAACCAAUUAACUGGAAACAUCACAGAAGCAUUUGGGGUUCUUACAAAACUUGUGUUUAUCUCACUAAGCAGAAAUCAGCUUGUUGGAGAGCUCUCUCCAGAAUGGGGUGAAUGUGUCAACUUAACUGCGAUGGAAAUGAGUGGAAACAAACUUUCCGGAAAAAUUCCAUCUCAGUUGAGCAAUUUGAGUAGAUUGGAAUACCUAAGCCUGCAUUCAAAUGCAUUCACUGGCAAUAUCCCUCCUGAAAUUGGAAAUCUAAGCCUGCUCUACAAGUUGAACUUGAGCAGUAACCAUUUUUCAGGAGAAAUCCCAGAGAGUAUUGGCAGAUUGGGUAGGCUAAAUCUACUUGAUUUAUCAGAUAACAACUUCAGUGGAAACAUUCCUAAGGAGCUCGGUGACUGUAACCGCUUACUGAGCCUGAAUUUAAGCCACAACAGUCUAUCUGGGGAGAUACCAUAUGAACUUGGCAAUCUGUUCUCACUUCAAAUCUUGUUAGACCUCAGCAGCAACUCUCUUUCUGGGGAAAUUCCUGAAAACCUUGACAAGUUAGUCUCAUUGGAGAUUCUGAAUGUCUCACACAACCAUCUAUCAGGGAUAAUCCCACAAUCCUUUUCAACCAUGCUCAGCCUUCAAUCUAUUGAUUUUUCUUACAACAACUUGAGUGGUUUAAUCCCCACAGGUGGUGUUUUCCAGAUAGCAACUAGUGAUGCCUAUGUUGGGAACUCAGGUUUGUGUGGUGAGGUAAAAGGAUUAACUUGCCCCAAACACAAAUCCAGGGUCAACAAAAAGGUUCUUCUUGGUGUUAUUAUACCAGUUUGUGGGUUAUUUAUUGGGAUGAUUUGUGCUGGAAUCCUACUGUUCCGAAGGCAAGCCAAACAACACCUUGAUAAGGAGUCCAAAAACAUUGAAAAAAGUGAUCAGUCUAUUAGCUUGGUAUGGGGAAGAGAUGGACAAUUCACAUUUUCUGAUCUUGUUAAGGUCACUGAUGACUUCAAUGAGAAGUACUGCAUUGGAAAAGGAGGAUUUGGAAGUGUUUAUAAAGCACAAUUACUUACUGGUCAAGUUGUUGCUGUUAAAAGGCUCAAUAUAUCAGACUCUGAUGACAUUCCAGCAGUGAACCGGCAAAGCUUUUUGAAUGAGAUAAAAUCACUUACAAGAGUGAGGCACCGCAAUAUAAUAAAGCUAUAUGGGUUCUGUUCUAGUAGGAAACAAAUGUUCUUGGUUUAUGAAUAUGUAGAUAGAGGAAGUUUGGGGAAAGUACUGUAUGGAGAGGAUGGGAACUUGGUGCUGAACUGGGCUACAAGGGUGAAAAUUGUGCAAGGAAUUGCACAUGCAAUUUCAUAUCUUCACACUGACUGUUCUCCACCCAUUGUGCACCGUGAUGUUACAUUGAACAACAUACUCCUAGACACAGACUUUGAGCCUCGUCUUGCAGAUUUUGGCACUGCCAAGCUUCUAAGCUCUAACACUUCAACCUGGACCUCAGUUGCUGGAUCCUAUGGCUACAUGGCUCCAGAGCUAGCACAAACUAUGAGGGUCACUGACAAGUGUGAUGUUUAUAGUUUUGGAGUGGUAGUGUUGGAGAUAAUGAUGGGAAAACACCCUGGAGAACUCUUGGGUAACCUUUCUUCGAACAAAUCUUUGUUAUCAAUGGAGGAUCCACAGGUGUUUCUGAAGGAUGUUCUUGACCAACGGCUUCCACCUCCAACAGGCUAUUUAGCUGAGGCAGUGGUGUUCACAGUGACUGUAGCUUUGGCAUGCACACGUGCAGCUCCAGAGUCCAGACCCGUGAUGCGUGCUGUGGCACAAGAACUAUCAGCUACUACACAGGCUUGUCUUUCCGAGCCAUUUGGCAUGAUAACCAUAAGCAAGCUUACAGGGUUCCAGAAAUAGAGCCAUGACAAGAAGGGCUAUAGGAUGUGUCAUAACGAGCACAGAAAUAUAUUUUGUUUACAUUUUCCGCACACAAAUAAUGUACACACAGACACACACAAUAAUGUGCCAUAACUAUAGUAGAAUUACGUUUUGAAGCUUAAAUUUAAAAGUACAAUAGAGUAUAAGCUUGUUGAUUGAAGCAUCUAUACCUAUGUUUGAAUUAGUCAUGCAAGGUUACACUAGUCUUUCAGGAAGCAAACUUGCUUGUGUAUACAUAUUUUAGCCUUAUAAAUUGUUAUGGAUCGUUGGAUCUGUUUUAUGGAUACAGUAAAGGGUCAUUUACAU